AUGGCGCAGUGGGAGAAAUUUGACCACAUCUUCAGCUUCAACAAGAAGUACUCUUACGAUUCGAAGACCGUCGACCAGAUUAUCUCCAAUCGCCGCUCCCUCGAAGGACAACUCUUCGCAGAUCGCCUGCUCGGGCUACUCGGUAUCAAAGGAGUGACCAAGGUGUAUCCACCCAAGUCCAAUGCAGACCUCCGAUCCCUUGUAGACCACAUUGUGGCUUCUGAACUCGACAUACAUCACAAGCAGGCCUUGAUCUACUAUCUUCUCAAGGACUGUCGCAAUGCGCUGAGCGCUGCAGCGGAUUUCGCGAGCUCGUGUCAUCUACCAGAGAAAUACCGCCUCUUCAUUGAAGGUCUCUGGCACAUGGACCGUCUAGACUUCAGGGCCGCAAUCUCAUAUCUUGCCGAACCCUCCCUGAUUCCCACCUUCCCUGACGAAAUUCUUUACGCCCUCACCCUUUCUAAACUUCCGAAGCAUGACGAUAAUCUCGCAAUCACCUACUACCUCGCCGCAGCUCCACCUUUAGCAACUGAGAAGGUCCAGCGCGCUUACUUCGAGACUCUUUGCCGAUCCAAUGUGACCGAGGCCUUCUACUUUUCUCGCAGAUACGACGAUCUCCACCGUCAAGCGUUUUUCGGCCAACUCGUUGAAUUUGUUCUUAAGACCCCCGCUGGCCAAAACCGGAGCAGACGAGCGAUGGAGCUCGAUGAGACGGAAUGGUUUGAGAGUACAUUGUUACGGGGCAAAGCAAGCUCCCUACCGGGAGCCAAAGAUACGGUGAUGAUGCGUCGCCUGGCAAUCGGGCAGAUGGGAGGACUUGCGCCCGAGCUGGAAUCGAUGGGUGGUAAGAAGGUGGACGGGCUGAACUGGGAUGAUCUACGGGAAAGCAUGCGAGGCGUAUAA